AUGGAGGCCGUGCAGCGCGAGCCUCGGGUACCACAGCGCACGGCCCCGCGAGGCUGCAGCGUGGGCAUGUUCAAUACCGCCACAGGGAAACUGCAGCGACAGCUGCACAGGGGAGAAUACGACAUUUUCAAGCACGCGCAGAUAUUUGAGGGCGACUUUAUCCAGAUCACGAAAAGGGGAGAAGUGAUCGACGUGCACAACCAGGUCCGCGUGGUGACCGUAGGCAUCGCAUCCACCAGCCCCAUCCUCCCACUACCGGACGUCAUGCUGCUGGCCCGCCCGGCCAGCAGCUGUGAAGAGCCUGCAGGGCGCAGCAAAGCCAGCCAGGGGAAAAGCCGCGGGGCUGCUAAGGCCUUAGAGCUCACCAGGCUCCUUCCUUUGAAGUUUGUGCGCAUCUCCAUUCAUGACCGUGAGAAAAAACAGCUGCGCCUGAAGUUCCCCACGGGCCGCUCCUGCUACCUGCAGCUGUGUCCCCCGCUGGGUGCUCGGGAAGACCUCUUUGCCUGUUGGGAAAACCUUGUUUACCUCCUGCGAUCACCAGUGGACAGUAACUGCAGUAUCUAUGCCGCCCCUGCCAGGGAUGUGACAUGCGUGCCUGCGUUUGAGGAUGAGGACGGGACCAGCCAGGCAGUGGCCGGUCUCCCAGGGAAGGAGGAGCAGGACCAGAUCAGCAUCAGAAGCCUGCACGUGGUCUCCGAGGCCACCUCUGCAGCUUUUGCUGGCGGGGAGGGAAUCCAGCAGGACUCCCGCAGAUUCACCGCCAUGCCGGAUGUGGCCACCCCAAACACCAAACCUGCAGAGCGUGACAAAGCGUCAGCAGCAGGGGCGGCAGCAGGCACCGCAGGCACUGUGAACACGGAGACAACCAAGACCGCUGCCCUUGAACAACUAAGCGUGGCCAUAGCCUGGGCGGCCACCCGGGAUCCAGGAGGAAGCAAAACCAGCAUAGCCAUUGCAGGUGCUGCCAACAUGUCCCCCAAGAGCAUUAAAAUGGCCUUGGCAGGUGCUGCCAACCAGUCCUCAGAGUGUCCUGCCGACACCAGCCUCUCCUCAGAGAGCAGCAUGAUCGUUGCAAUGGCAAAAGCAGAACCGAGGAGCAAGGCCGCUGGGGAAGUAACUAGAGAUCGCGCUGCCGGACCUCCCAUCUCAAGCUUGCCCAGGGCAGGCAGUGUGAGCGGAGGGGCCGGAAGGCAGCAACGAGCACCCGGGGCCAGGGCUGCAGCCCCAAGGAGCAGAAGGGGUGGGAGGGAGCAAAGGGAAAAGACAAGAGCGCUCAGGAGUCCCCAUCGCCGCAGGGCGACUGAAAGCAACCACAAGCCAGGGGGUGACAAGAUACCCCGAAAACCAUCUGGUUUUCUUUCCAUCAGGCAGAGAAAUGACAAAAAGGAGAAAGGCGGCAGCAGCCCGGGGAGCAGCAGGCCUGUCACCGUGCAGAAAGGGGUCAACCAUGCUCCCACCACGGAUUCGAGGGCCUCUCACAAAUCGGGGAGGAGCUUGCUUGCAAGUAGUUCAGGUUCCACGAGCAAGAGACUCAGCAGGAUCAGCUCUUUCUUGAGGACGGUCAAAGCCAAUCUGACUACAAAAACAGCGGCCUCACCGCACGGUAAGGACGUGGAUGAUUUGCCUAAGACAGUACAGAGGAACAGCACGGAGGCCAUCACAGACACAGGAGAGGAUGGGCAGGGGCAGGAGAAGAGCGGUAGCGUGGCACCUGAGAUCAGGGAUACACGGGACCUUUGA